ACCCUAUCUCCCUAAAGGGACUCGGCGGUUUCUAGUCAUGGCUGAGAGUGGACUCAGACCCUAGUUUCCUAAUCAUUACCCAACGUUGAAAUCAGUGAGACAUUUUAGUCAGAACUAAUAGAAGACAUAACUUGGGUAGUUACUUAGAGAAGAAUGAAUAUAGUGGCAUGUUGAAGCUAUUUAUAAGCAAGCAGGAUGAUGCUCUAGAAUGGAGAGAUUAUGCCAUUAUAUUCAUUUUUCUUCAGAUGAAGCUCUUUUUCACUUUGGGGAGUCUAAAGUGUGACUAAUAUUGUCUUGAUCCAACUCAGAGUUCAAUCCAUUUGUGAUUUUUGUAAUCCACACAUGUUUCUUAUGGAGUUCAUUGUUUAUAUUUUCAGAUAUAGGGUUCAUUCUACAUAGAGUUUGAAUCCUUAGCUUAGAGGCUUUAAGAGUUGUUGUUUUUCUUUUAAAGCUUUCCAGAAUUCUUCAGUUUGCAUUAAACUCUUAUUUGUGUUUGUAUUUUACAAAGGCACUUCACACGGUCAUGGUUGCUUCCACGAAACCCAGCUGUAAAUAGUAGUGUUUGUACUAUCAGCGGCAGGAACACAGUGCAUUUACUCUCAUGGGUAGGGGGGAUAUGAAAAGCUCCCCAACGUCCUUGAUAAUCAGAAAAAUUAGCAAGGACUAUUGUGAAAAGCCCUUGAAAACGAAGCCGUACGUGGGUUAAUAUUUCAACAUGAUAAAUCUCCACUGGUUUUAAAGGGAUGGACUGAAUGAUAACGUUUUUCAAUUAGCCACAAGAAGGCUGUUAGAUGCGUCACAGCUGGUGAUUAAAAUGUUGUGUUAGGAAAAGGUGGGGGAGAGAACAGAACAUGCUAGAAAGAAAGAGAAUGCAGAGAUCAGUGAGAACUCAGCAGAUGCAGUAGCAAUAGAUUCUCUUGGCCAGCAGAAAUCUCCAUUGGAAAAAUUUAUGGUCAGACUGUGCGCAUAUCAUCAGAAGCAUUUCGUCCGUGUCCUGAACGACAUAUGCACUGAAGUACAGACUGGUUGUGAGGAGCAACAGUUACUCGAACCUGAAAAUAUGGAUGCAUCCACUUGUAGCUCUGGCUGUAGCCAGUAUCACACUGAGAACCAGGACCUUGGAACUUCUUGCUCUGAAUCAAAACUCCCUUCAUCUCUGGACCCAGAGCAGUCAGGGCCUCAUGGCUCCCUGCGCCUACUAUGCCAUGCCCUGAAACAGGCUGUUGAUCUCAAAUCUGACAGAAGAGAAAACUGCAGCUCUGUGGUCAGAAGGGAUUUCCCUGAGCUUUGUAACAUCAAAGCAAGUUCUGCAAGUCCCAGAGACAGUCCCACUCAAGGAUACCUCACUGCCUCCAACUCCCAUCACGCUGGUAAAAGCCUAGAAGGACAGACCCCUGGUAGUGAGCAAGAGAUAGGGCCGAGGAAAGGUGAAGAUGACAAAGAACAAAUUCAAAACAGAGCUUUGCUGGGAAGCUAUAUUGCCGUGAAAGCAGCAAAUGUAAACACUAGUGAGGAUAGUCUGGAGUGUUGUGUGAGCUCCCAAAAGAAUGCUUUCAAAGCUUUUCCAGAGGAGAUGCGAGAACCAACUUUCACCACAAGUUCCCCCCGCAGAGCUGACAAGGAGAAUGCCUUGCAGUGCAGCUCCAAAGCCACUUUGCACCAAGAUACUGAAAUAACUGACCAAGAAAUGAAACAGAAGGUAGAGAACCAUCAUCAAACUUCAGGGAAGAGCAAGGGAAGCUACCAUGUGCACCCUGUUGACAAGACUCGUAUGGAGAAUGCCAAAGAUGGCUGGCUGCCCACAAGUCCCAUGCCAGUGGUCCAUCACAAAGCCACCAAUGGACAUCCUAGGUCCAAGAGCAUCUCGACCUCCUCCAAAAGCACCCGUAAGAGUAAAAGGUCUUCAGGACUCAGAAUAAAUGACUAUGAUAACCAAUGUGAUGUUGUUUAUAUUAGCCAGCCAAUUACAGAAUGCCACUUUGAAAACAGGAGGAUAGUGUCAUCUAGGAAGACAGCACGGAAGAGCACCCGUGGCUACUACUACAAUGGUGAAUGCUGUGAGCUUCCGACAGUUCGCACCUUGGUCAAAGCCUCUCAUGUACAGGAAGGUGGAAACAUCCUGGCACCACGGCCUGAAGUGCUAACAAGCUCUUGUCAAGGGGUCACUCUUUCAGGGUGUAGUUAUUUGGCAACAGUCCAAGCUAUAAAUGCUGAUGGUGACAAAGGUUCUUCCACUGUUACUCUCUUUCAGGAAGAUGCCUCCAUCAAAAUAUCUCAGGAAACAGCUGAACCAUGCUCAGCCGAGAGUAUUCCUCCUCUGACCAGUUUGUUGAAGCAGAUAUGUGUUGAUUCUACUGAAGCAUCCACAGUGGAUCUCUCUUUACCUACUUGUCCUGUUCCGCAUAAGGAAGAAGGCAGCUUGUCUCUGUCUUCCCUUCAGAACACUGUUGUCCCUUCUUUGCAAUUGAGUGAAGGGGAGAUGCAUGAUAAAACUGAUACAGACACUGUACAACAAUCUCCUAGUGACACUGAGCCAUGUAAGAAUAGUGAGCCUAAUGAAAAUAGUGAUGGUGCAUUCCAUUCAGAUCUGUUCUCUGUCUCAGAACCUGUUCAUGAUGAAGAAAGAACUCCAUGCUUGGACAAGGUGAUUACCCAAGAAUUUUCCAUUUGUACAGACCAGGAGCCAGCUGUUACCUUGAAGACAUCGGAAGAACAUGAAGAUAAAUUUGACUUUUUACCUCCAUUGGAGGAACCUGCCUCUCCUACAGAAUUGCCACCAUGCAUGGAACCCCCCCCACUCUCUCCUAUAGGGCCACCACUCUCCUCUAUAGAGCCCCAGACAGAACCUCCUACCCAGUUAGUCAAUCUGGAGCCUUCUAGGAUCUCUCCUACAGGUCUAUCUUCUAUCUCAGAGCGUGUAUGCCCUGUGGAAAAUGUUGUUAACUCAAGGGUAGCAUCCCCUGUAGCACAGCUUGAGAGUGUUACCCAUACUAUUGACCCAGAGCCUUCAGAGACUCUUCCCAUAGAAUCGGCAAUGGUUUUACCUGACAAGGUUGAUUCAGAAAUUCCUCAACCCCUUUCUGACUUAGAUGCAACCGAGGCCCCUGACAGUUUGCUGUGUGCUAAUACACAAGAAAACAUUAACACUGAAACCAAUACUGAAGGUUCUCAGGGUUUGGAGGAAGACCUAGAGGAGGAAGACCUCACUGGGAAAUGUGAACCUGUGUUGCCUGUUUCAGACACCAGUGACAAUUGGGGUGAAAAGGCUGUAAAAGAAACAUGUAUGAUUAGUCAGCCAGCUGAGGAAGAGGUAGCUGAUAUCAACACUUCAUCAACAUUCAAAAUAUCAAAAAUGUGCAACGAGGAGGCUUCUUCCCAAACAAACCUAGACAAAAAACGAAAAAGGGAGAAAAAACUUCAAGUUGCAUCUGAUCGCUGUCUUCGAAGCCAGCAAUCUCUGUUGCCUGAGGGCGACAGUACUGAGCAGCCCAGUUCUUCCAACUCUCUACAGCUUCCUCAAUUACAGAUUAAGCUUUCUAAAAAUCCUGGCACUAAGCGCUUUAAGAGGGAAGUUCAUCUUGAUGGGGCAGCAUCUGUGUGUGUUCCAAGUGAUGGAUUCCAUAAAACACUGCUCAAUGACAUCACAAGCACUCUGAAGCCACUGACAGGUGGAGAAAGUGACAUCAAAAUGGGGGAGACCUAUAAAACAUUGACAACAGAGACUGUAAUAGAGGAAGGUCAGGGUGAAGAAGGUAACAAAAGUAAGCCAGGAGCAAUGCUUGAAAUCUAUGUAGAGGCUAGUUCUGAUAAAAGAAGUGUUCACGUCCCUGUAGGAACCUCUGAGGAAAGGGAAAGGGAAAGGGAAACAAAUUUUAAGCCAGAAGCUCCAGAGAACUCUGAAAGUACUAUGGAUAUUACAAAGGCAUUGCACACCCAGUGUAAGACUAGCUGUCCCCUAAGUCCUGGGAACAGGAAUGAAAGUAAACAUACAACAUCAGAGAAGACUAUAAAGUACAAGAAGCCAGCCCUCCAGUUCUAUAACUUGAGACACAGCCCUGCCCCAAUUCAUGUAGCCACUGCUUCCAAAAAUGUGCCAGAGAAGGAAACUAUACAAGAAAACUCUGAUACUGUAGACAAACAAAGUAUAGGAAAUGAAGACACUAUUGACUUUGGUGAUGUAGAGGUGCUAUCUGACAACAAACCCAGCUUUGUAGAAUGGUGCGCUGAAGACGAGAACCAAGAACUUAUCACUAACUUCAAUACCCAAUACAUGAAAACCCAGAAAGGGUGGAUUCAGUUGGAAAAGGAGGCCCAGCCAGCUCCAAAGGUCAAGAAUAAGUCUGACAAGCUUAAAGAGAUUUGGAAAAGCAAAAAGAGGACUCGGAAGUUCAAAGGAGCUACUGAAGUCCAGAAGCUCUCCCCUGUUCAAAUGUUGUUCAUGAAAGCAUUUGACUUAUCUAAUAUCUGUAAAUGGUUUAUGGAGACAACUGAAACCAAGUCUCUGGUCAUUGUGAAGAAGAUGAAUACCCGUCUCCCAGGAGACAUGCCCCCCAUCAAGCUUCCACUCCAAAAGGGCUGCUCUUCCUAUCCCAGCUCACUUCAAGCUGAACGUCUAAAGAAACACCUGAAGAAGUUUGCAGCCAUGACUCCAGCAAAAAAUACCAUAAAGACUCAGAGGUUGUUGGCUAAGCUUCGAGAGAACACAGAGGAAAUUGAGGAAGAGCAAGUUGCCAGUCCAAAGCAGGCACCCUCUUCGGAAAUAAAUUUGGAAAAUGGGAUCCAAGCUAAAACAGCCCAACCCCCAGUUUGUGCACCAGUGCAGACCAGCUCACGAAUUUUAAGAAAAUACUCCAAUUUGCGUGGCAAACUUCAUGGCUUCCACAAAAUAGUCAAACGAGAAAAGAAUGACUCUGUGGCAAAGCAUCUGUCAAAUGAAAGCAAGCCAAGCAGCAAGAGCUUGAGCAUUAAGCCUCUGAUGUCUCCUAAACUGGUUCAGCAGGUCAAAGCCUCUUCACUCCCUACUAAAUCUAAUGUGGCUGAAAAAGGAAAAAAGGUGAAAAGGGGGAAAGACAGAUCACAGGAAGUCACUCUGUCUAAAGGCAACCUUCAGCAAAGCAAAAAGAAGGCACUGAAUGAAAGCAGCAAGCCCCAGAGCUCUUCAAGCAAAGAAAGUAUCCCUCUUAAGAAAGGUAGUAAAUUGAAGCAUAUGGAAUCACCUACGACUAAGAAGCAGCCAGCUAUGAAGAAGAGUAGUAAACUUGCAUCUCAGAAUGAGAAGACAAAAAAGCUGAUUGAUUUGCGACCUGGGAAAGGGAAGUCUACCACCCAGAAGGCAAAAGUGAAUAGCAGUCAAAAGGCCACUCCCCAGUCUUCCAGACCAGAAGGGCCUGCUAAACCCUUAAAGCAAAAAGUGGGGCAGGAUUCCUCAAGCCGGCCACAAAAAGCAUUUUCAAAAAAGGCAGCCAAGGGCAAAACUCUCACUAAGUCAGUGAAACAAAUGCAAGAGAACAGCAAAGGCCAGAGUAAGAAGAAGCUGAGAGCAACAAAAGACUCUCCACCCAGCAAACGCAGACGGAUGGAUGCAAAGUAAUAGGCUUGGGUUGGAGGGGUGAUCAGAUGUAGAAACUCUUCCUCGAGCAUUAAGGAAUCAGUUAAUGAACAUGGGGGUCAGCUGAAAGCCAUCCCUCCCUCGCUGAUUCUGAGAAGUUCCUGAGCUGUACUGCAGCCAGACAACAUUCUCCUCUGUUGCUGAGAAAGGAAGUUACUGCUUCUGAAAGUUCCUAGCAUUGCACUGGGAACCAGGAAGUUUCAGUUUAAAGUACAGUGCCUUAUUUAUCCACUUAGGAAAUGAAUAAAUUAGUCUGUAUGAUUUAAAGGCUGGCAGUUUAUAGGUAAUGCACGAGCACUUGUACUGUCAUGGAAAGAGAAUCACCUUUCAUGCACAUCCCAUAGACUGUGGAAGCCUCUCUGUUGGGGUUCAUGCAGGAGCAUUUUCUUCCUUUGAAGCAAUGAAGUAUCAUGGCACUGCUUAGUCUGAGGAAAGGAUUAUAAACCCCAAGCCUAAAUGGUUUUCAUACUUCAAUGCUAUUUUUUACUCAGAGGUCAUGAUGGUGUAUUUUAUUAAAGUGUUCACAAUUGUCCAUAUUAUGUAAUUUUCGAAUAGAGAGUUUGGCUAUUACCUAACAUGACUUGUGUCAAAAAGAUACUCUUUCAGCACCAUCUUUGAAAAUGGCGACAUGCCUGGCAAACUUUGCUUGCUUGGCUAGAGAAUAUUGCCUACCAUCUGCCCAUUCCCUGCCACUUCUGAUAUUUCCUAAAGAUCUGUAUUUUAAAGAACAAUAUGAUUGCAUUUCAGAAUGGUUUUCUUUUAUUCUGAGACUAAUUUAUGAAUAACCUUGAAAGAUGGGUGGAUAUCUCAGCAUGAAAUAGACAAGUGUAUAGCUUUUUAAAAUGAUGUUUGGUUGCAUCUUAAUAUGUGGGUCUCAAGAUAGAACAUCUGUAAAGAGCCAUGUCAGAAGAUGCACAUAGGCCUCUUUGCUUUAUUUUUCUAUGGAGUCACUGCAAGUCCUUUUUACAUAUUCAGACAACUUUUUAAAAACAAGAAUGGAGCAAUGCUGCCAGUGAACAAGAUAGUAUUGGAAAUCUCUGAUACUUUUCCAAGCAUAGUUGGGUUGCAGCUUAAGUUGAAGCAGAUUCUUGUUCUAAGGAGCUGUAAAAUCUAACUCUCUAAAUACUCCUGUUUCACUUAUUUUUGUCUUCACCUUCCAAGUUGAAUUAUGUAAAGCUCAAGAAGUCAUCUCUCGUCACACAAGAUACUACUAUGAAAGCCUGUUAGAAAGCAAACAGUCACUUUCCAAGUGCAAACAUUUGUUUUGGAUCCAAGAAAAGGAAAGCAGCAUUUUCUCAGAGGAAACUGUCCAGUACGCUUUGUGCUACCAAUCUGUUAGUUGACUGUGGUUGCUUCCGCUCUAAUGCUGCAGAUAAGAAACAAAAUCCAGCCUUUUAUUUAUUUCUCUAGUUUCUUUUUAAGUCACAACUAAAGCUAAGCUAUUUGCUUAGAAACUUGUGCAAACUUCCAUGUCUUAGCUAUAUGUGGCACCCAAGAGCUUCCCGUGAAGGCCUUCAAAUUGCUUGACCUUUUAGAAUAGCUCUCCGUGGAUACCAUCUGAGAUCAACGUACUCAAACACAUCUUUUACACAUUUUUAUAUUAACUGGCUCGAGCCGGUCUUUUCAGUUGGUGAAGAAUAUAUUGAAUAAAAGGAAAAACAAACUCUUCAGGGAGAAUGAAGAAGGUUUAUGUGUGAGGAGAUUGAUUUUUUUUUUUUAAAGGAGGGAGGUUGCAUUAGCAUUGGCACUCCUAUACCAAAGCUCAUUACUGCAGGCAGAAAAUGGAUAACUAAUUGUGUGGAUUUUUUUCACUGAUCAAAGAGACUGGAAUCUGACUUCAGAAAAUGCAAAACCCUCCUGCUCACUCAAGGCUGUGGAUUGAGAGGGUGCACUAAAGCUAUAAGACACAUCAGGGUGGACUCUUUUUUUAUGAAAUAUUUUUAAAUCAUUGAUUUUUUAACACUUUUCGUUUCAUUUAAAUCAUGUUGUAUAAAAUUAAUUGUUGUAAGCAUUAAGUCAGACUUAGCAUUCUCUGUAAAAGGUUGAUACAGAUGUGUGUGGUUGUUAUUUUAACUGUGGAUAACAAGUGUGUUAGACAUUCCACAAGGAGUAUUAAAAGGUAUUUAAGGAAGUAUGUGAACUUGUGUGUGUGUGAGAGAGAAGGGCAAGCUUGUCAAAUGUUCAUGUCUCCUUUUUCUAAUUUUCUGUUUCUGCAUCCAUAGAGAUGUGUAAAUCUUUCUGCUCCCUCUACCCAGGGCUGCUUCCUAACACUAUGCUGGGUGGUUGGGGCACCUUGUGGUACUUUCAGCUAGUGAUUUCGAUCCAAACACCUCCUAAUAAAACCUUUCUACCACUUUCGGUUGUCCCAUUUCUUGUGUGGCCUAUAGUCUAAAAUGAGUAUUUUGUAAAACUUGUUUAAUGUGCCAUAUUUAUCUCUAUUUUCAGUAACCUGCUUGAUAGGCAAGUUGCCUAUGAGAAGUUGGAAUAUACUUGCAAAGUUUUGCCCAGGGCCUGAGACAGUAGCUAGUACCACCAAUUUUGGUCCUUCUGCGUGGAAGGCAUCAUAAAAGAAAGAGGUCAGCUGCAUGUCCUUUUAAGUAAAGGAACCUAGCCAGCGUUGCUGUACUUAGUUCUUUUUGGAACAUGUAUGGCUUUCUUUUGUGCCAUGCAUCCUGUCUCGCUUCUUCUUGGAUGGGGAGUUGGUAAUAUGGGGACCAAUAAAUAGAGACUUCUCCCAUCCCUCCUUGUAGAAGUAGGUCCUUUAUGAAAUAAAAGAACACUGUUACAUAGUUUAGACUUCAUAAUGUUAUAAACUUCUUCUAAUUCUUGUUCUGGAGAAGUAAAGCUGUUUACAGCAGGAAUACGAUGUCUGGGGAGGACAAGUGUACUCUUGUAAUAUUCCCCUUCAGUGUGUUAGAAAGGAAAGAUUUGGUUCACAGGUCCUCUGUUCACAAUUAUCUUUAUGCUCUAACCAGUGUGCUUGAUGAGGAAUCUGCUGCCAGGUCUACAAAUGUAGCCAAGUCAGGGUUGAUUAGAUCUUUUGGCUUCCAUGUUGGGCUACUCCAGGAAGAAUGUGGAUGACCUUACUUACUGGAGAAGACUUCACUCUGUACCAUUUUCCCUUCUUCAGACUGUUUCAUAAUUGUUCCCACCCUUUCUUUUAUUGUUCCUACUUUAUGUUUAAAAGGCACCCUUUCCCACAUUGGUAGAAGAAUCUUGCCCUGCUUUCUUGAAGAUUGCUGUUAGUUGCUUUGCUGUUUACCAUUCCCAGAUCUUAUACACCAAAUGAACUAUUUCAGCUUUUGCUUGCUGUGGGAUUCUUUUUAUAAAACUUCCCUGUUACCUGCAUUUUAUGCUUUUUUAUACUAUUUAUAUUUGAUCCCUCUAACCUCCUGCUCUCCAUGCCAGUUGAGAUCAACUGAACCUUCUUCCCAUAAGGAGUGCUUCCAUUUUUCUCCAGUUGCCAUAUUUGCAGUCAAGCUCUUGAUGCUUUUCAUCCUGUUAUUGUGCAUUUUGUUGCUUUCAGCUUUUUCUAAUGAAAGUUGCCUUGUCUUUUAUCUCUGGAGCAGCCUCCUCCUGCACACAGUGUCAAAAGAAAUGGUAUGCUUUCACAUAUAUGUACAUAACCUGCACAAACAAUAUCUGUGUGCACUGUUACUCUGAAUUCUGUGUGUUGGGUGGCCGAUGCAGCCUCUGAGCAUUUUAUUUAAAGCUCUUCUCUCUUGCCAAAAUUGGUGCCAGCAUACAUAUUUUUUGGUGUGGUAAAUAUUAUUUUGUUUCUCAUUUCAAGUUUCCCAUUAUUUGGAAUAUGUUAGCCAACAAGACUGUUAGAAAGACUAACCAUUAAGCGUUUAUGAUUAUGUGCAGGGACUUCCUAGCCAAGUUUUCCUAAUCACAGAAAUGUUUUCUUAGGUCCUUGGUUUCUUAUGAUAAAGUUCUUGCUUUUGUUUUCCUCUUCAAAGGAGAUGGUCACUAAAUUGUCUUCUUUUCUUUCAUUAAUAACCAGGUAUUUAAAAAUACCUGGACUUUGGAUCUCUCUAUGGUACAUAUCAGAUAGAAUGUGAGCAAUGCCCAGAAGGCCGUUUUCGUAACCAUUAAGAAACACAGCAGAUCAGCAAGGAAUUAUUGAGCCAAAUGAAAAUAAAAGAGUCUGUUUAUUAAAUUUGUGACUGUCUCUUAAAUUUUACUAUACUGUAAAUAGAACUAUCCAUUUAAUGUCUUCUGUUCUCUAGUUGCCGCAUGCUCACCAAACAGAAGCAGACAGUCAGAUAGAAAUCUAUGAGCAAUUGGUUGCAGACCAGCGUCCCACUAACCUAUAACACCCAUCUGUGUCCUUACUUGGUAUCCUUGCUUAAAUCUGUUUCUGUCCCCAUACAGUUUGUCUCCCUAGCUUUUCUGUGGGAGUGAGAAUGGAGCAGUCUGGGCCGCUAGCCUGGAAGGUCCUAUUAUUAUCACAGUUUGUUUUCUCAAAGAACUCCUUGUCAAGCUUCUUUAGGUCGCUUGGCACAUCCUUGUCUUUCUGCUAUGUAGUUGUAAAAAAAACCAUUGAUCCAUUUGAAAAUGAUCUCAGGAGUUCUCAUUUACAUUGAGGAAAGGUCUUCUUACAGAUUCUUUUUUGAAGUGUCACUCCAAAUCAUUCUCACACAAUAGUGGAAAUGAAUGGAGCCUGAAUGUUUUUGUUACUUGUGUGUGACCUGUAACCCUAUGUGGGUCUUUUACAUUGCAGUGCUAUCAAGUCUCUUCUGAGAAUCUGCUUUUUGUGUAUAACUUUCAAAUGCAAUGUGAAUAUAUGCAUAUAUGUAUAUAUGUCUAUAAAUAUAUAUAUAUAUAUAUAUAUCUAUAUGAAUAGUAGUUGCUAUGUUAACAUAGCAUCCAACUGGCAGCUGAAAUGCAUUCCUAGGUGCAGGGUAAAUGCUGUCUUCUCUCCCCAGGCAGUCACAGAAAUAGAAAAAUAAUAUUGUAAAUAUUUUUAUAAUAUUUAUUUCCUGUACUUUGUGCUAAUAAAUCUUGGUUUGUAAUGUAGUAGCAUGGAAUAGGGAGUGUUUCUUGCUCCAUCCAGGUAUAAUUGGACACAGGGAGAAAACUGACUGGUCCUGAAUUUAUGCUGCAAAAUCAAGGUCCUAGUUCUGAGAUAGUAAAUCUGUUUGAAUUAUUACACUUCAGAUUUAUGCAACUCUGUAUUCCUUUACUCUUUGUGUGUGUGUUUAUGUGUCUAAAUAUAUUCUCAUAUAGAAUGCAAAGUAUUGAAAAGAACUACUGUAGUCCAACCUGCCUGAUAUGCUAGAUUUUUGUAUGCAAAAAAAUUGUUGAGAUCCUACGUAGGGUGAUGAACCAUGAAGCUCCAGGCUUCCUUUCUGGUUUCAUACGUUGAUGCUAGCCCCCCCCCCCCCAAUCCGCCAUCAUUUACUGGUUGGUGGAGGACAGUGAGUGGCAGAGAAAAAUCUCAAUAAAAGAGGCAUCAUCUGAAAUCUUGUAGGAGUCCUCCAGAAGUCCUGGAAGGACAUCAUUCUUAUCUUUUCAGAUAUAGAGAUCUAACAAGAUACUUCUGUGCCAUAACACACCCCACUUCCACACACAAUGUCCACCAGCCAACAUAUGGCCAUGUUGAGGGAAGCCUCAGAGAACAGGUUAGUUUUGAGGGCAUGGUGGUGGGCUGUCUGAAGUGAAAAUAGCACAGACAUGGAUUUACCAUCUUGGGUAUAUCUCAGUGGAGUAAAACAUUGCAUGCUUCCCCCAUCCCUCCUCUUCAACCUUGUUUACUGUAGAAACAAGUUGAAAUUCUGAACUGCCACAGUUUUGGGUAGUCUGCCUAAUCAUGGGCACCUUUGGGCACAUUACAAGUGAGCAAUAAGAUUCUUAGUAAUAAUGUUUUCACUGAUAAAGCAGUAUCAACGUCCUGAUAAGGAUGGUUGUACGUGUGUGUGUGUGUGUGUGUGUGUAUUUGUCUUCAGUAGUUCUGCCACAGAAAGGAAUAUUUUGUUUUAUCUUCAUAUUUAUGCACCAUUGCAAAAAGUAGUCAGUUUCUAAGUCUUCCCUAGUGUAUUCAUUGGGCUGAUGGACUCUGUGAUACCUUUGCCGGGCAUAGUUUGGGGGCAUUGCCAGUGAGAUAAAGAAGAAAUAUCAUGGUGCCUUCCCUGCUCUUUGCAGCUGAACUUUCACAAUUUCUUAUGUUGUAUGAUCGUUACUGUGUCCAUUAGUUUUAGAAGAUUAAGCUAAUUCUUCACCACAUCCUAAAUUCCCAACUGCUAGACAACAAAGUUGUCUCACCUUUCUUUGGGUUCUCUCUGAAUUUACCUUUGUCUUUGGGAUCAUUAAUAUCCACCUGUUUGUUCCCUUUUGACCUAUCUUAGGUUGUGUUAUGCAAUUUAGGGGGGUCAUUGUCUUUCAUUUACAUCUCCUUACCUUUUUUGGUUUCAGAUGGAAAAGUGUGGAAGUUUCUAAUGUCUUUUUUCUUAACAUUGAUCAUUCAGAAUCCUUUCCCUUUUUCUACCAAAUACAAUUGAGAACCCCAUCUUAUGAGAUUAUGUGAUAGUAAAGCCCCUUUCUAACAAUUUCUCCUCUACUUGCAUCCUCUUUUGCCAAUCAAAUAGCUGUCAUCUGUAUUUUGGGUAAAGGUAUCAAAUGCUGUCGAAGGAGAGUGUUGAUGGUGGUUGUGAUUUUCUGCAACCAGCUCUUUUCACAAAUGUCUUGGAAUGAACUUCUUGCGCAGUUAGCAACCUCAAUUAUACAUACAAUCAACCCAUAGAUAUGUUGUUUCCUUUUUAGCUUGUUUUUUUCCUAGGGGUUUCCUGCAUUGUUAUUGUCUUUUUCACUUGGCGUUCUUCACAGUUAAGGAUUCUUUCUCUAAGAGUCCUAGCUAACAUCUGAAGAACCAAAUGUUGAGCAUACUUCUCCCUGCUCCGACUUGCUCUCCAAGCAAUCUGAUUCUCCGUAAGUCUCCCAAAUCUAGUAUGUAAUCAAGUACAGUGACAACGGCCCCUGGAAAGUUUCAAUUCUGCUAUUUAUUGUUCUUCUUUUCAGGGCACUAAGAAAUGCUGUGAUUUUAGAAAAAGAACAUGUCUGCUGUGAAUUGUUGAUAAAUGUGUGAUUAGAUCAUGUUCUAUAUACCUCAUCCAAAUUACAUCUGAAAAUGUAUUUUAAAAAUACAGGUUAUAUUCAAUUAUUUUCUAGUCAUUCAGCCUACUUAUUUACAAUAGCUAGUCUAUUUUGUCAUCAGAUUUUACCAAAAUUCUGGCUACUUAUAUGAUAGUUUUACGUUUGGAGUGUGUUUGGUGUGUUUUAUUUUCUUGACUUAACCUAUAGAAGACUGUGUUCUUCUCACCUAUCUCUGGGCCCCAACUGAAAUUUAGACUUUUUCUUCUGCUUCUUUCCCCCCUUUAUGCUUUGUUAUGUACCUUGUGUGCUCUAAUGGCCUUUGCUUUAUUGCAGCUUAUUAAACAUUUUAUAUCAA